CCAGAUCCGAGCGACGAAGAUGCGACGAGGACGUACGAGCUGCAAAUGCUUCGCAUCAAGCUCUUGCGCUUGGCUUCGAGAUUGGAACAAAGCCCGAGAAAUACGGUGGUGGCGCAGGUGAUCUACCGUCUGGAACUCGCAGAACAGCUCAAGGCUGGGAAAGGGACGCAGAAAGAUCCGUCCAAUUCGUCCUUUGAUCGCGCCGUGGCGCUCGCCGAGCAAGCCGAGAAAGAGGGCUCCGACGCGGAUUUGGAUUUUACGUGCACCAUCUUGCUUUUGGGUAAGAGUGGCGUGGGUAAGUCCGCGGUGAUCAACUCUCUGUUGGGCGAAGGUUCGGCGCCGUCUGGUACGGACGAUGAGGACGCGACGAAGAAGGUGCAACUGAUUGAGAAGAAGAUUCACGGCAUGACGCUUCGACUCAUCGAUACGCCUGGUUUGCAAGCGUCUGCGACGGACAUUCGUUACAACUCCACCAUCAUGAACGAUGCGAAGAAGUUUACCAAGCAACACAAGCCCGACAUCGUGCUUUACUUCGAUCGUCUCGACAUUCCGUCGCGAUCGGACGCGGCGGAUUUGCCGUUGUUGAAGCAAAUCACGAACACCUUUGGCCAAGCGAUUUGGUUCAACGCCAUCGUCGUCUUGACGCACGCCGCCGCCGCGCCGCCGGAUGGCGCAAAUGGCCAGCCGAUUUCUUACGAAAUGUACGUCGCUCAGCGUUCGCACAUCGUGCAGCAAACGAUUCGCCAAGCCGCGGGCGACAUGCGUCUCAUGAACCCAGUGGCGCUCGCGGAGAACCACCCGCUUUGCCGCACCAACCGUGCGGGCGAGCGAGUGCUUCCGAACGGACAAGUUUGGAAGCCGCAGUUGUUGUUGUUGUGCUUCGCGUCCAAGAUCCUCACGGAGGCGAAUACGUUGUUGAACUUGGCCGCCGACCAACAAAAGGCUGCCAAGGCGGCGCGCGCGGGUGGCAUGCCGGGGCAACAAAAGGUGCCCCCGCUUCCGUUCUUGUUAUCUUCACUCAUCACCACUCGAAAGCCUCGUCGUUUGGUGGAGUAUGAAGACGAUGGAUUCGAAGAUUUGGAGAACGAAAUCAUCUCUGGCGAGCCGUCCCCGUACGACAUUCCCGCGGAUCAGAUGGAGCCGACGCCGACGCCAAAGCAAGUCUCCAUUCCGGCGCCCGAUCCUCAAUUGCCCUUGUCUUUCGAUGGCGACACGCAAGGUCACCAUUACCGGCAACUUGAGUCGAACCAACAGUGGUCGUGCCGACCGAUCGUGGACGCGCACGGCUGGGAUCACGAGACUGGCGUGGAGGGCUUCUCCGUCGAACAUCAGUUUGUUCUCAAGGACCAAGUCCCAGGUGUGGUUCAAGCGCAAAUUUCCAAGGACAAAAAGGACAGCAACUUCGGUUUUGAAGGUGAAAUGUCUGUCCCGCACUCGCGAACUCUGAUUUCGACGACGGGCGUCGACAUUCAAACCGUGGGCAAGGAUUUGGUGUACACGGCGCGAGGGGAGACGAGGUGGAAGUUUUGCGCCGUCGACAAGAUCAUCGGUGGUCUUUCCGCCUCUUUUGUCGGUGGUGUGGUGGCUCUCGGUACAAAGAUCGAGAACCGAUUCAAGGCUCGUCCUGGAAUGAAGGUUGUCGUUAGCACGGGCGCUGUCACGGCGCAAAAGGAUGUUGCGUACGCAGGUAACCUCGAGACGAUUAUCCGUCACAGCGAGGACCCGUCGAACCCGAACUCAUCCACGCUCAGCGCGAGUUUCAUGAACUGGCGCGGCGACCUCGCCCUCGGGUGCAAUGGUAUGAGUUCUAUCCAAGUCGGCAAGGACACGCAAGUCACCAGUAGUUUCAACAUCAACUCGCGCGGCACGGGGAAAAUCUCCGUCCGAGCGACGACGAAUCAACGCAUGUCUCUCGGCAGCGUCGGCUUGAUUCCGAUU